UGCGGCUGCCGCCGCCAAGGAAACCCUGGAGCGAACGAUCCCAGGAAUGACCCCCAAGGGCUCCUGGACUCGUCGCUGAUGGCGUCGGGCACUGCCAGCCGCUCAGAGGACGAAGAGUCUCUGGCCGGGCAGAAGCGGAGUUCUUCCCAGGCCCUGGGCACCAUCCCGAAGCGGAGAAGCUCGUCCAGGUUUAUCAAGAGGAAGAAGUUUGACGAUGAACUGGUGGAGAGCAGCCUGGCCAAGUCGUCCACCCGGGCCAAGGGGGCCACCAGCCUGGAGCCAGGACGCUGUUCGGGUAGCGAGCCCUCGUCCAGUGAGAAGAAGAAGGUGUCCAAGACGCUGAGCGCGGCUGUGACCCCAAGCCCGGCCCCCGCCCCCAGCCUCACCAAGCGCGUGAAGAAGAGCAAACAGCCCCUGCAGGCCACCAAGGACCUGGGCCGCUGGAAGCCGGGAGACGACCUCCUACUCGUCAAUGCUGUGCUGCAGACCAACGACCUGACGUCUGUGCACCUGGGCGUGAAGUUCAGCUGCCGCUUCACGCUGCGGGAGGUGCAGGAGCGCUGGUAUGCGCUGCUCUAUGACCCGGUCAUCUCCAAACUGGCAUGCCAGGCCAUGAGGCAGCUGCACCCCGAGGCCAUCGCUGCCAUCCAGAGCAAGGCCCUGUUCAGCAAGGCCGAGGAGCAGCUGCUUAGCAAAGUGGGAUCGACCAGCCAGCCCUCGCUGGAGACCUUCCAGGACCUGCUACGCCACCACCCCGAUGCCUUCUACCUGUCACGCACGCCCAAGGCACUGCAGGCCCACUGGCAGAUCAUGAAGCAGUAUUACCUCCUAGAAGACCAGACCGUGCAGCCGUUGCCGAAGGGAGACCAGGUGCUCAACUUCUCAGACGCGGAGGACCUGAUCGAUGACAGCAAGCUCAAGGAUGUGAGGGACGAGGUGUUGGAGCAUGAGUUGACGGUGGCCGACCGGCGCCAGAAACGGGAGAUCCGGCAGCUGGAGCAGGAGCUGCACAAGUGGCAGGUUCUGGUGGACAGCAUCACAGGGAUGAGCUCCCCUGACUUCGACAACCAGACGCUGGCCGUUCUACGUGGGCGCAUGGUGCGUUACCUGAUGCGAUCCCGAGAGAUCACCCUUGGCCGAGCCACCAAGGACAACCAGAUCGAUGUGGACCUGUCCCUCGAGGGUCCGGCCUGGAAAAUCUCCCGCAAGCAGGGCGUCAUCAAGCUGAAGAACAACGGGGAUUUCUUCAUCGCCAACGAGGGCCGCCGCCCCGUGUACAUCGACGGGCGGCCCGUGCUCUGCGGCUCCAAGUGGAGGCUCAGCAACAACUCCGUGGUGGAGAUUGCCAGUCUGCGCUUCGUCUUCCUCAUCAACCAGGACCUCAUCGCCCUCAUCCGCGCCGAAGCCGCCAAAAUCACCCCGCAGUGACAGAGCCCCGGCUUCCCGCGGCCUUGCCCUAACCCCUGCCCCGCCGGACCAAGCCAAGGCGGCCCUGGGGGUCCCGGGGAGGGUUGAGGGGCCCCCGGGGCUGGGCCGGAUCUGUGCCCUGCAGUUGGAGGUGGACAGGGGCCAAGACUGACCCAGCACAUAGGGGCCCUCUCCGCAGCCCGGGCCGCAGCGCGGCCGGCACCCUGCCCCAGAUCUCAUCCCCCUCCCUACCUUCUUGUAAAUACAAACAAGGCACUCGGUUCCAAAC